AUGACUUUUGGUAGUAAUCAAACCUACUGCCUUUUGUUAUUUAUUAGGAACUCUGGGGAAAUGUUACAAGAGUACAAGGGCCAUAUAUGCAAGUCCUUCAAGAUGGAUUGCUGCCUGACCAAUGAUGAUGCAUUUGUUAUCGGCGGAUCCGAGGACGGGUUUGUUUUCUUCUGGGAGUUAGUGGAUGCACCUAUUGUUGCGACUUUCCGAGCACAUAGCUCUGUGGUUACCAGCGUCACUUAUCACCCAACAAAGACCUGCAUGUUGACGUCAUCUGUCGAUGGGACCAUUCGUGUUUGGACCUGA